UAGAAAUUCGUACUAUCGGAAAUACGGUUACUUUGCGCUCACGUAUUCUGCUGAACCACAUUUCGAGCACUAAUAGCAACAUAACCUUAUAUUAUUAACUUUGAAAAAUUGAAAAAACUCGGGUUUAAACAGUUUAACUCUAAACACCAUGUCUUUACCAACUGCUGCGAAGACGUCCAUGCUUCUGGGAAGGUGUGUGCCUUGCUUGAAACAAAACGCUUCAAAAUUUAAAAUUAAAAGAUUGGAACUUGACACCAAUUUGUUAAUGUACUUUGGUAAGGAAGAAUUUGUGUACGCACAUGAUCCCAACAAGAUAUGCAAGACCGGAGAUAUCGUUCUUAUUGAACAACUUCCAACCAAAAUGACAAGGUUAAUUACACAUGCUGUUAAGAAAGUUGUAUAUCCGAUGGGGGAUAUAACUGAUCCGGUCACAGGGAAAAAGGUUGUUGCCGGAAAGUACAGAGAUUUCGUUGAUUCGGUAAACAAGGUGUAUGGUGAAAAGGAAGGAGCAUUUAAAUAUGAUAAAGCACCACCAAGGGGCUGGCAAGAAGACAAGAAAGACUUCACUCAUGUACAAACAUACAUCAAGUACCACGAUUCAGGAAAAGACGAUCCUUAUGCCGUCUAAAACCUUUAUUGUUGUUCAAGUAGUUGUAUUAAAAAGUAAGUUGUCAA